GCGGCGGAGCGGCCACAAUCACAGCUCCGGGCAUUGGGGGAGCGCGAGCGGCUGCGCCGGGGGAAUCCGUGCGGGCGCCUGCCGUCCCGGUCCCAUCCUCGCCGCGAUCCCACACCCCUGAAGUUUUGCAGCGCCCAGAAAGGAGGCGAGGGAGGCGGGGGGGAGCGUGAGAGGAGAGCGAGCAAAAGCACACCCUAACACAUUUUAUUUCCAAAAGAAAAGGAAAAAGGGGGGCGCAAAAAUGGCUGGGGCAAUUAUAGAAAAUAUGAGCACCAAGAAGCUGUGCAUUGUUGGUGGGAUUCUGCUCGUGUUCCAAAUCAUCGCCUUUCUGGUGGGAGGCUUGAUUGCUCCAGGACCCACCACGGCAGUGUCCUACAUGUCAGUGAAAUGUGUGGAUGUUCGUAAAAACCAUCACAAGACAAAAUGGUUCGUGCCUUGGGGACCCAACCACUGCCACAAAAUCCGAGACAUCGAUGAAGCGAUUCCAAAGGAAAUAGGAGCCAACGACAUUGUGUUUUCUGUCCACAUUCCUCUCCCCUCCAUGGAGAUGAGUCCUUGGUUCCAGUUCAUGCUGUUUAUCCUGCAGCUGGACAUUGCAUUCAAGCUGAACAACCAAAUCAGAGAAAAUGCAGAAGUUUCCAUGGACGUUUCCCUGGCUUACCGUGAUGAUAUGUUUGCUGAAUGGACUGAAAUGGCCCAUGAGAGAGUGCCUCGGAAACUCAAAUGUAUCUUCACAUCCCCCAAGACCCCAGAGCAUGAGGGCCGUUACUAUGAAUGUGAUGUCCUUCCUUUCAUGGAAAUCGGAUCUGUGGCUCAUAAGUACUACCUUUUGAACAUCCGGCUGCCUGUGAAUGAAAAGAAGAAAAUCAACGUUGGGAUUGGGGAGAUAAAAGAUAUUCGGUUGGUGGGAAUCCACCAAAAUGGAGGCUUCACCAAGGUGUGGUUUGCCAUGAAGACCUUCCUUACGCCCAGCAUCUUCAUCAUUAUGGUGUGGUAUUGGAGGAGGAUCACCAUGCUGUCCCGGCCCCCGGUGCUUCUAGAAAAAGUCAUCUUUGCCCUUGGGAUUUCCAUGACUUUUAUCAAUAUCCCAGUGGAAUGGUUUUCCAUUGGGUUUGACUGGACGUGGAUGCUGCUGUUUGGUGACAUUCGGCAGGGCAUCUUCUAUGCAAUGCUUCUCUCCUUCUGGAUCAUCUUCUGUGGCGAGCACAUGAUGGAUCAGCAUGAGCGGAAUCACAUAGCAGGGUAUUGGAAGCAAGUCGGACCAAUCGCUGUUGGCUCUUUCUGCCUCUUCAUAUUUGACAUGUGUGAGAGAGGGGUACAACUCACGAAUCCCUUCUACAGUAUCUGGACUACAGAUGUUGGAACAGAGCUGGCUAUGGCCUUCAUCAUCGUGGCUGGGAUCUGCCUCUGCCUGUACUUCCUGUUUCUGUGCUUCAUGGUAUUUCAGGUGUUUCGGAACAUCAAUGGGAAGCAGUCCAGCCUGCCAGCCAUGAGCAAAGUCCGGCGGCUGCACUAUGAGGGGCUGAUUUUCAGGUUCAAGUUCCUCAUGCUUAUCACCUUGGCCUGUGCUGCCAUGACCAUCAUCUUCUUUAUUGUUAGUCAGGUGACCGAAGGCCAUUGGAAGUGGGGUGGUGUCACAGUCCAGGUGAACAGUGCCUUUUUCACAGGCAUCUAUGGGAUGUGGAAUCUGUACGUCUUUGCUUUGAUGUUCCUGUAUGCACCAUCCCAUAAGAACUACGGGGAUGACCAGUCUAAUGGUGAUCUGAGGGUCCACAAUGGGGAAGAACUCCAGCUCACCACCACUAUCACCCACGUGGACGGACCCACCGAGAUCUACAAGUUGACCCGCAAGGAGGCCCAGGAAUAGAUGGCGGCAGCACCUGGCUGGGACUGUUCCCCACAUCCCAGCCCUUCUGACUGGAGUGUGGAGCACGCCAGCGAGAGCUCACUGCACGAACCAGCCCUCCACUGCUCCCGUGUCUUAGCUGUGGUUUCUUGGAACAGUGGUGUGGACGUUGUCACUUUACCUUCUGACCACAGCUCUUGGGGGAAGAUUCCACAGCCACUAAGGCUUUGUGUAUAACAAAACCUCUGGUAUGACACAUUUUCUGUGAUCAUUGUUAAUUAGUGAUGUAGUAACAUCUGUAGCAGGUGGUUAGUAAACCUCAUGUGUUGGGGGUAUACUCCUUGGGGGGAUGAUGUGGGCCAGAUGGGGUCUAUAUGGAGUGGAAUAUUUGACUUCUUUUCCUGUUUUAGAUUCUAGGAUAGGUUUUUUAACAUCCUUUGCAGUCCAAGAGAGGCUGAUGUCAUAGUUUCUCACUCCUAGUUCGUGACCACUUUUUUUUUCCUAUUUAUAUCACCAGGUAGCCUGUUGAGUUAAUAUUUAAGUUGUCCAUAGACAUGUGUCCCUCUUUUUUAUGGCAUACUAUAAAAUAACUGAAUUUCGUGAGACGGUCUAUUUCAGCUUUGGAACCAAAUCUGUGUAUCCAGUACUGACCGAUCUGUUGGAUGUGGGUUGGGUCUGAAAAGCUUUUUUUACCUCCUGCUUACAAUGUGUUUCCUUUUGAUAAGAUGCUUCAAGCAGCCCCCAGAAGUGUAGAUCGGAUCAAUGAAAUAAACCUGUAUGUAUAUGCAUAUAUGUACAUGCACAUGUCAUCCUCCUGCUCAGCCAGGACACACGCAUGCAGAUUCUUUUCCAUGUCAAGUCCACGGGGUGGGGGAAGUGGCUUUAUGAGAAAUUAAAGUAUUUUGCCAUCAAA